CGCAGAUGCGCCGCCGUCCCACAAGGAUUUGAGCCGCAAUCUGAGACAUGAUCAGCAUCCAGACACGCCAGAAGAGGAACACGAACAGCACGAGAGAGAUUGAUGUGGGAGAGAGUGGUCUCUGUCCUGGAGAAUGAGGUCCGCCAACGAGCAACAAUGGCUGAGGCUACUGCGCUCUGCCCGUACAGUCUGGCCAGUCUCUCGUGCACAUUCCUGGCAUCAUCAUGCUGCCAGCAAUGCACAGCGGCGUUCAAUGUGCACGGGCGUGCGAGACCAGCAGAUGUGUACGUCCACUAUGUAAAUGAGUAAAUGUCGAGAUGAGGUCUGCGUCGACGGGAUCCGAGGGGCCACUCAGCAGGUCAAGUGCCUCUUUGAAUCCGCCUC